AUGACAGCAGCAUCAAACCCAACGACGUAUUUUCCCACAGCCUCUUCUCUUCGUUCGUCAUUGACAAUGUCUAAUUUGGCUGAUCGAAUACUGAAUUUAAGCAGCGGCAGUUUUUUUACUGAACCAUUAACAUUGAAACACGACAGCCAUAAUAUAGAACAGUCAAAAAUACAACGCUGUUUAUCAGAUGCAAGUAACCUUAAUCAAUGUGGAAUUGAAAUGUCAUUACCAUCGUCAAUAUCAAAUGGACAGUCUCAAAUGCAACUAGGAGUAAGUAGUUCGACUGCACUAGCGAAAUAGAUGCAUAUUUGUGUGUUCAUUUUAUCUGUUAAAAGCCUACUUGGCAGUAGAUAUGCACCAGUUCCAGUUUUUAACUGUGAGAACUGGAACUGUUGAGAACUUGUGCUGUUGACUUUUCAAAACCAAUUUUCUAUCUAAUUAAAUCGAAAGGCACAUCAUUGGAUGCAGUUUUUCACACUGACCACGAAAAUCAAUUUUAAAAUUUAUAAAAAUUCAAACUUCAACAUAAAAAUUUAAAUUUUAAGCUUUAAAGUUUUGUAUUUUCAAUUUCCUCACCUAGACAUUUUCUUGGAAAAAUUCAAAACUAUGCGUCGAUAGAGCAUUCAAUUCUCUACAAAGUGGCUUAUUUUUUUCGAACUUCCGAUGCUUAGAACAGGUUUUACAACCAAAAGAGUUUUCUGGAAACCAGUUUUUUUUGAAAGUUUUGAAACGAAUUCAACAGAAGUUUUAACUAUUGAUAGAAUUUAAAAUUUCUGUUGAAUUCGUUUCAAAACUUUCAAAAAAAAACUG